AUGACCACGGCGGAGAAGCUCAGUGUUUGUUCCACAUGGCUGCAAUUCAGAACCCGCCGAGAGAACGGCGUCGACAUCUUCGUGGAACUGUUCACGUCGUACCCUGUAGUACUUGAACUGUUCCCUUUCGCCAACGACCCAGUGGAUACGCUGGCCAAGAAUCCUAAAUUAGUCGCCCACUCCGUGGCCGUGAUCGGUCAGGUUACCGCUAUGGUGGAUGCUCUGGACAAUGCCGACCUUCUUCGACAGCUCAUCAGGAAGAACGCGCGCAUACACUACUAUCGACGUGGUGUUCUUCCAAAGCAUUUCACCAUCCUUGUCGAAGUGAUGAAGACUGUGAUGUGUAGAGUGGACCGGGGCUUCACGCAAGUAAACUCUUCCAAGGGCUGGGAAAAAUUUUUUCGCCUUCUCACUGACAUCACGGAAGACGUGUAUGACAACAUGGCGCCUUCGAGAAAGUAA